UUACCCUCUCACACAAAAGAGAGAGAGAGAGUGUGUGUGGAUUUUGUUUUGGCUUGUCGAAAUCUGGGAAUCUUGAUUGAUCGAAAUCGCCAUCUUCGUAGCUCCAACUGAAAAUCUCUGAUCUGCUUCUGUCUGAUUGCUGAUGUGUAACUUUAGUAGUGUCUGAGAUCAAUAGUGAGAGAGAGGAGAAAAUGAAGGGUGGGGAUGAGGUGAUAGCUUCGUCAGGGCCUUUGGAUUGGAGAUUCUCUCAGGUAUUCGGUGAACGCAGCGCUGGUGAAGAAGUUCAUGAAGCUGGUGUUUCCUCUGCAGUUGAUAUCAUUUCAGCGAUUGAGUUUGAUAAAUCUGGUGACCAUCUUGCUACUGGAGACCGUGGGGGACGUGUUGUUCUUUUCGAGAGAACUGAUUCCAAAAAUACUAGUGGAUCUAGAAGAGAUCUCGAAGGAACGGACUGUCCAUUGAGACACCCGGAGUUUCGUUAUAAAACUGAAUUUCAGAGUCAUGAACCUGAGUUUGAUUAUCUCAAGAGUCUGGAGAUAGAGGAGAAAAUCAACAAAAUUAGAUGGUCUCAAACAGCCAAUGCUGCUCUCUUUCUCCUUUCAACAAAUGAUAAAACCAUCAAGUUCUGGAAGGUUCAAGAGAAAAAGAUCAAGAAAGUCUGUGAGAUAAAUACAGAAUCUUCCGGAUCUAUUGGAAAUGGAAGUGUUGGAAGCUCAAUUAACUCAAACAGUUCAAAGUCGUGCUUUACAAAUGGAGGAUUGUCUGACAAAGUUAACAAUUGUUUAAAUAAUGACUACACGUUUCCGCCUGGAGGCAUCCCAUCUCUGCAGUUACCUGCGGUAACUAUAAGCCAUGAGACUAGCCCUGUGGCUAGAUGUCGAAGAGUGUACACUCAUGCUCAUGAUUAUCACAUCAAUUCAAUCUCAAACAAUAGUGACGGCGAGACAUUUAUUUCUGCUGAUGAUUUGCGUAUAAAUCUUUGGAACCUAGAGAUAAGCAAUCAAAGUUUUAACAUUGUUGAUGUCAAGCCUGCGAACAUGGAAGAUCUAACUGAGGUUAUCACAUCAGCGGAAUUUCAUCCUACGCAUUGCAAUACCUUAGCGUAUAGCAGUUCCAAAGGCUCAAUUCGCCUGAUUGAUCUGCGACAGUCAGCUUUAUGUGACUCACAUUCCAAAUUGUUUGAGGACACAGAGACACCAACUUCUAGAUCAUUUUUCACAGAGAUAAUUGCUUCAAUUUCAGACAUCAAAUUCGCAAAAGGAGGAAGAUAUAUACUUAGCCGUGACUAUAUGUCCCUUAAGUUAUGGGACAUCAACAUGGACUCGGGUCCAGUAUCAACUUUCCAGGUCCAUGAACAUUUAAGGCCAAAGCUUUGUGAUUUAUAUGAAAACGAUUCCAUCUUCGAUAAGUUCGAGUGUUGUCUAAGUGGGGACGGAUUGCGAGUGGCUACUGGUUCUUAUAGCAAUCUCUUCCGUGUGUUUGGUGUUUCCCCAGGAAGUACUGAAACCACAACCUUGGAAGCAAGCAAAAACCCAAUGAGGAGACAAGUGACAACACCUGCGAAGCCAUCAAGACCAUCACUAAGCAGUAUAACACGCGCGGUUAGAAGAGGAGGAGCAGAGAGUUCCGGAGGCGGUGAUGGAAAUGCUAAUUCUUUUGACCAUACAACAAAGUUGCUGCAUCUCGCAUGGCAUCCAACAGAGAACUCUAUAGCUUGCGCUGCUGCCAACAGUUUGUACAUGUACUAUGCUUGAAAGAAAACAAAAAAAAAAAGAUAUACCCUAAUGGAGAAAGAAGCUUUGGCUAUACUAGUGAAACUGCAAGGAUCAAAGAUGCUUAUAUGAUAACACCCAUCACCAUCUUCAUAUUACAACUUAAAACUGGCUCCUUUAUAUUCUCUCUUUGUCUGUAUCAUGAAUUUGAAAGAAAAAAAAAAGAGAAUCCGAUUAGAAGAAAAAUCGUGAUUGUAGUUUUCUCUCGCACAACUUCUUGUGAGAGAUGUUUAUUUUGGAUAUAUUCUUGAAAAUAUUUUUGUUUUUUUUUUCAUA